AUGACUAUCGGUGAACCUGGGGUAGGUCGGAUUGACCAGGCUAUAGGCGUACUGCACACGAGUCUGUUCAUGACAAUCACCUUCGGUCCUGACACUUGGAAGUCUCAAUGGGGUAAACAUCGGGUGUUGAGCUGGUUUUUCGUUAAUUGGAAGCAGUCUGUCAAUUUUUCAGAUACUUAUCCUGCCGUGUUGGAUAUUUCCAUGGACUCAAUCACGCAUUUGUGGUUGCUGAAACUGAACCCGCUAGGAUCUGUUCACAAUGUCGGCCUAGAGUCGUUCUACGAGCUAGAACUGCCAGAUUGGACUUCUCCAUUGUACUCGCCUACUGGAAACGCGUUGAAUCCACCUUUCGUCAAGAAAGUUUCUUUGUAUGUGAAUUACUUCUUCCUCGCCUGGCUUAUCUUGCAACUCGUGGCAGCGCUUUUCGCUCCUACAAAGAAACUCACUAAGACAUACUCGCAAAUAGGCUUUCCCAAAAAAGUUGCUGUGAUAACUUUGCAAGCUUUGGCCAUAUUAGGCAUCUACGUUCUGUCUCAUGACAUCAAUAUUAUCGUCUAUUUUGCUACUUUGCUCUUGUUGGUACUCCCAUUGCAAUUGCUUGCUCCCAGAAAAUCGCCAAUUUCGUAUGCUGCGGUCUUGUUCUUCUGGUUACUGUCAAUUGUCUUGUUUGUAGUUCCAAUUGUUCAAGACACUUUUUCGACUAUCACGAUCUACCGAACUUCGAUCUUCACGUAUGUUUGUGAAAUAUCUGUUGUCUUGACUUCGAAUGUGUUGUUAUUUCUCGAUAACGCCGAUUACCAGGUCUUAUUUGAACAGGAAACAGACCCUUACAACAUCUACAAUAUUUUGUACUUUUUGACCUUCUACUGGAUCCAGCCUCUCAUCUCCAAGGCUUAUACUAAGAACGACCUUACGAAAGAUGAAGUGCCAUAUACUUCGGCUCAUUUAUCUUGCGACGUUACUCUAGCAAACCUAUCGGAGAAUUGGGAAGACGAGAAAAAGGCAGCUGCCAAAAAAAGCUGGUUCAUUCCUGAGAUGUUCAGAUCUGGUCCUUCACUAAUGACAGCUAUCUUCAAAUCGUUCUUGUCUUACUUUGUGCUUAAUCUUAGUCUUGAUGUUUUCGAGACUAUCUUAACCUUUUCUCAACCCAUUGUAUUACGUCAGUUGAUCAUUUUCUUCCAAGAUCGCAGCAUCGCGGAAGAAAAACCUCCUAUCAUCGUUGGUUAUGGGCUUGCAAUUUUGCUAUAUGCCAUUAACUGUACAAGGUUCUUCACAUUUAAUCAAGCAUACCAGUACCAGUACGAGUCUAUGUAUGCUGUGCAUUCGUCGCUUGUUUCAAUUAUUCAUGCCAAAUCGUUAAGAUUAUCCCCUGAUUCCAAGAAAGCAAAGUCCACUGGCGAUAUCAUAAACCAUAUCUCAGUUGAUACUGACGUUAUCAAAGGUUUCUUCUAUGGAUUGCAGGACUUUGUUAGUUCACCUUUGAAAUUGACUUUCUGUUUGGUUUCCUUGUAUAGGCUUCUAGGCAAUGCUACCUGGGCAGGGUUAUUAGGUUUCUUGGUGGUACUACCUUUUUCAACCGUUUUGUUCACUUGGUUUGCCAACUGCCAAAAGAGAAUGAUGAAAUUCAAGGAUGAUAGAACCAACUUGACAAACGACAUUCUCACGUCCAUCAAGAACAUCAAGUUGUAUUCGUGGGAAAAGCCAAUGUUGAAAAGGUUGACAGACAUUAGAGACUUGAAGGAAUUGAAUGAACUCAGAAAGAUGGGAACCAUUAUGGCUGCUGUUAUGUUUAUUUGGGGCUGUGUUCCAUUCUUGAUCAGUUGUUCAGUUUACACAGCUUUCACUCUCUUCUACGACAUUCCUUUAACUGCAGACAUUGUUUUCCCAUCAUUAGUCCUCUUUGAUCUUCUCUCUGAGCCAUUAAUGCAAUUUCCACACUUGAUUUCAAAUUACUCUCGUGCUGCAGUUUCCUUUGGUAGAAUUAGUGAUUUUCUCUUACUUGACGAGCUUGAAUUGGAAAAUAGCAAAACUUAUAGCCACAAACUUGACUCACCUACUAACUCGACUCCAGUUAAGCUUGAAAAUGUCACUUUGUUGUGGUCUACAAAGGAGAACGCAAACAAAAAGUUCCACGAUGAGGAGGCUCAGGUUGAAGAAACACAUAGCAAUAUUGCUUUGUCUAACAUUAACAUUGCUGCCGAGGCAGGAAAAUUGACAUGUAUUGUAGGAAAGGUUGGAAGUGGUAAAACUACCCUUAUCAGAUCUAUCUUGGGUGAAAUUCCUAUUCAUACACAACCUUAUUCUGAUGAUUCUGAGUAUGUAUUUCCUAGGGUUGAAAUUAAUGGUGCAAUCGCUUACUGUCCCCAAACUCCAUGGAUUUUGGAUGGAACAGUCAAGGAGAACAUUUUGUUCGGCUACAGAUAUGAUGCUGCAAACUACAAGAAGACAGUAGAAGUCUGUGAAUUAGUCAGUGAUUUCCAAUCCUUGGCUGAUGGUGACAAGACUGUUGUAGGUGAAAAGGGUAUUUCUUUGAGUGGUGGACAGAAAGCUAGAAUUUCGUUAGCUCGUGCUGUUUACUCAGGGGCUGAUAUCUAUCUUUUAGAUGACGUGCUUUCUGCUGUAGAUGCACAUGUUGGAAAGAAAAUCAUUGACAAUGUGUUAGGUAGAAAUGGUAUUCUUGCUUCAAAAACAGUCAUUUUGGCUACGAACUCUGUUCACGUUUUACAUGAAGCUCACAACAUUUACAUGUUGAAGAAUGGAACCAUUAGCGAGAGCGGUGACUACGAUACAGUCAUGGAAAGAAAGUCUGAUUUGGCUCAAUUGUUGCAGGAGUUCGGAAAAACAAAGAAGUCCCAAGAAACCGAAACUGAAACUGAAACUGAAAUUGAAGAAGUUAGUGAGCAAGCUCACUCGAGUACCAAACGUCGGGAAAUAGACCCAGUUGAUGUUGAAGAGGAAAUAAUCGAGUAUGUUUCUGAGAGUAUUGAUCCCGGUCAAGUAAACACUGGCGGCUUUCGUCGUGGAAGUUUGGUUUCAUUUGGACACGAAUAUACAGAUGACGAAGAAGAUGAUACAGCAAGAAAAACUGGAAAAACGGAAGAGAAGCUUGGAAAAGGUCAAGUUAAGAGAGAUGCUAUUUUGAGUUAUCUCAGAGCAGCUAGUUACAAGUACAUCAUACUCUACUUGGUUUUGUCUAUUGGUACUUACUUAUGUACCAUGUUGGAUAAGAUCGUUUUGACAAAUUGGUCAGAGAAGAAUAGUGCUGCUGGAGACACUGUCAAUCCACACCUUUACUUAACUCUUUAUGGAAUUGUUGGUAUUCUGGGUGGGGGUUUUGUAUUGAUUAGUUCAGUUAUUGUCUGGACAUUCUGUAUUGUUCCGGCUUCAUCAUUUUUCCACACUAGGUUAGCCAAAUCGGUCAUGGCUUCUCCAAUGUCUUUUUUUGAGACGACUCCAGUGGGAAGAAUUUUGAAUCGUUUCACAGAAGAUAUUGGAAGUCUUGAUAUGGAAAUUCCAUGGGUUUUGAUUAUGUUGGCUCUGACGUUUCUUAAUGCGUUCAUUACUUUUGGUGUUAUCAUUUACGCAGUACCAAUUAUCUUGUUCUUCCUUAUACCCAUGUCAUUUAUUUACAAUUACAUUCGCCAACUUUACAUUCCUGCUUCAAGAGACCUAAAAAGAAUCGAGAGUGCUUCCAAGAGUCCUAUUAUCUCUUCUAUUCAGGAGUCGCUUAAUGGCGCUGACACGAUCAAAGCUUUCAACCAAGAAGAAAGAUUUACUCAUAUGACAAGGGGAGCGGUGGAUGAGUGUAUUUCUGUAGGUUUGAUUAUCCUGGGAAUUCAGAGAUGGUUAUCGAUCAGAUUGCAGUUCAUUUCGUCUACAAUUUUGUUCGUUACUGCCGCAUUGGCUGUUACAUCUUUGACUACCAGUGCUCCUAUGAACCCCUCCGUCUUUGGUUUUGUCAUGUCGUACGCCAUGAAUAUAGUCUAUGUCUUGAAUGCAAUCGUGAGAACUUGGGCUGAAGCUGAAACUCAGAUUGUUGUGUUGGAAAGACUCAAUGAGUAUAGUGAACUUCCAUCUGAGGCUCCAAUGGAGAUCGAAGACAAGAAGCCUGUGAAGAGCUGGCCGGAACACGGUACAAUCUCGUUCAACAAUUAUUCUGUGAGAUAUAGAGAGAACUUAGAUCUCGUCCUUAAAGGCAUUAACAUCAACAUUAAUGCCAAGGAAAAGAUUGGUGUAGUGGGAAGAACUGGAGCUGGUAAGUCCUCGCUUACUUUAGCAUUAUUCAGAAUCAUUGAAGCAGCGUCAGGUAAUAUUUCAAUCGAUGGAGUCAAUACCAAUGAAAUCGGAUUAUACGAUUUAAGACGUCACCUUAUGAUUAUUCCUCAAGAGUCUAGUUCUUUCAGAGCUUCUGUGAGAGAAAACUUGGAUCCGUUUGGUGAACAUUCAGACGAACAAUUAUGGAAAGUUUUGGAAACUGCUCACUUGAAAGAGCACGUAGAAAAGAUGACAACAGAACCAACCGAGCAGGAGAAGAAAGAAAGUAAAAAUGCAGACGAGUUAGGAACUUCCAGAGGCUUGGAUGCCAAGGUAGCUGAAAAUGGCGCUAAUCUUUCAGCUGGUCAGAAGCAGUUGUUGUCUUUAGCCAGAGCACUUCUUCACGAGUCCAGUAAGAUCUUGGUACUCGACGAAGCAACAGCUGCUGUGGAUGUACAAACUGAUAAAAUCAUCCAACAGACUAUCAGAGAGGAGUUCAAAGACAAGACAAUCAUUACCAUCGCUCAUAGAUUGAACACUAUUAUGGACAGUGACAGGGUCUUGGUUUUAGACAAGGGUGAAGUUAAAGAAUUUGAUACACCAGACAAAUUGAAGGAGAACAAGGAUGGUAUCUUCUAUUCCCUUUGCAAGGAAGGUGGUUAUUUGUAA